CCCAGAGGAGUUGGAUGAUCAGGUGAGGACCCUGAGGUCGGUCUUGUUAGGUGUAGUAAUGCAAGACCAGCAGACGGCGAUCUUACAGGACAUCCAAGAGAGUCUGGCCGUCUUGGUCGGACGAGCGCAGGCGGCACCAUCACUGUCCGGGCCUGGUGUCUGGCCCAUUGUACAUCCUCCUCCUUUUGUCCCACCGGUGACUGGGAUAUCCCCAUAUACCGCUCCAGCAUCGGUUCAGCCUUUCUCCCUGGGUAUGCCUUUAACAGGCGGGUUCUCAGCAGGUCCUAGUUUGGAGGUUCCUGUACAGACAGUGUUCUCCCAACCUCCGUCUAAGGUUGUUGUAAGCGGGCAGCCUGCUGUCUCGCAGCCUGCACAACUGCAGGGUUCACAACCCCAGCAGAUAGUGCAGCAGCCUGCACCACAGGGUCCACAGUCUGGAUUGGUGCAGGUACAGGGACAAAGUCAGUGGAUACCAAAGACGACCAUUGCCGCUCAUAAACCCUCCACAGGGGAUAAGAGAGGCGAAGACCUCGACACUUGGUUGAGGGCAGUGCCGGUCUACGUCAAGUGCAAACUUACCUUGCCGCACGAGGAAGUGCUUGUGGCUACCUCCUAUUUAGAGGGGAGUGCAGCACGAUGGUUGAGUGGUUUAGUGCAGCUGCAGGGGUACGGUCAUGACUUUCGCGCUUGGGCAGUCACCCAGAAAUUGGAUGACUUCCUUAAGCUGGUGGAAGACAGGUGGCAUGAUCCGCAGGAGGCCCAUAAGGCUACUGACACGAUCCCGACACUGCACACGAGGCAGUUUAAGUCAGUGAGAGAGGCCACCGACGCUGUAGAGCGUCUGAUCUGUGUCCCUGGGUUUCGCUAUGACCCCCAGGUUUUACUCACCUCCUACUUGAGAUGCUUCCCUAUGCCUCUCAGGAAUCAGUUGGUAGGUGAGGCCAACAUCAAUAUGCACAAUUUUACCUUGUUUAGCAAAAAGGCCCUAGACCUUGAGGCAAAGAUAGGGCAUGUUCAGACACCCACGACGGAUGGCGGGAAAAAGACACUGCCUCCCAACUGGAAGGCGAAGGUUCGCAUUAUGUUUGUCGAUAACGAUGGUUUAACCAUCGAGUUAGAUGACAACUUCCAGGAGGGAGUAGGUUUAGAGGCUGGCAGCGUAGAGGCUUCAGGGGGUCGAGUAGUUGCUGCCGUAGCUCAAAAAGGAAAGGCGACCGGUAGACGCCGUGGAGUCGCGUUCUAUAAUUAUUAUAAGCAAAAUCCGGAGGAGGGUAUGUAUCUAGUCUAUGUCUCUGCAGCAGGCGAGCUGGUGAAAAUGCCGCCAGAGAUAGAGGGACUUUGUGAGCUUCCGUUUGCCUAUUUCAGUGACCCGAGCCUCAUGCCAAUCCUCUAUGGAACCAUUCUUGCUGCAUGUUAUGGGUGCGACCAAAACAGAGAUGUUGUGGAACGAGAGCUGAGCAUGCAGAUGGUUCUUUCCUUUCUGCGUUCAUGCAGAGAGGACCUCACUUGCCAACAGGAGGCAACAAUGACAUCAGGGGGAUCGAAAGUACGACUGCAGUCCGUACCUUUGGUGAAUGGGGUCAUGAUAGGGGAUGUGACUGGUAGUCGACCACCAGGAGGGACGGAGUUGGCUGAGUCAGGAUGUGGAGCAGCUGCAGAAUGUGGGUGGAAGGCAUGCAACGGGACUGGGAAUCCAUCUGCAUUUGUUGCAAAGUUGGCAACCAAAGGACCAUCUGUAUUUGUUACGGCGUCUGGUGACAUUUCAGCAUCACCCAAGCAACAUGCACGGGACGAGAAGGAAGGUUCUGCAUCUAGGAAAGGAAGCAAGGUAGUUGACUUGGAGAGCGGAAAGGGUGGGCGGAAUGGUAGUCGAGGGAGUGGAUGCGUAGCAUUGGAUACGGGCAUUGUCGUGUCCCCGAGGAAAAAGGGAAAGACUGGCCUUUGUCUGAACUUUGGGCAAUCGAUGACCGAUAAUAUUAAGGGAAAAGGACCUGGCGGUGGAGGGCAGGAGCUUUGCCCCGAGGGAUGUGCUUUAAACACACUAACAUCACCCAGAAGAGGACGGUCAUUAUCAACAUCGCCUGACAUCUUCAGCAACCAAGCUGCCACACCCACUCUCAACAGCGGACGUGGUCUGAGAAGCGUCCCAACAUACGGAAUCAAGGGACUGACUGAGAAAGAAAUACCUGACGAUAUUUCACCUGGGACGUCUGGAAGAUCUUGUUCACAUGUGCUGCAUGACAGUGUGUUCAAACUACCAAACCGAUUCCCUCGAAGGCUGUGGGCCGCAGCAGAGGUGUUCUUUGAGGCAAAGAGCUGAAUUCGUUCAUCACAGAUGAAAGAAGGAAAAAUGAACAACUCUGAUUGCAGUCUUAACCAACGAGGAGUGUUGAAGCUUUUUGCGCAGAGGGAUGUAGUCUAGACUAACAUCACUCAAAAGAGGACGGCCAGUAUCAGCAUUGCGUAACAUCUCUUGCAACCAAGCUGCUGCUCCCACUCUCAACCCCAGGAUAUGGAGUCAAGGGACCCAUUGAGAAAAACAGUACUUGGUGAUAUUUUGCCUGGGCCAUUUGGAAUGUCCUGUUUGCCAGUGCCACAUGACAGCACGUUCAAACUACGGAACCAAUCUCUCGAGGCGCAGGGCUGCAGCAGAGGGGUUCUUUGGGGCGAAGACUUGAAUGUGUGCAUUACAGAGGUGAUAACUUGGAUGGCGGCCUUGACCUAAGAGCUCUGGCUGCAGGUUAAAGGCUGAGAUAGCAAGCUCUUGGGUUUUUGCUUGCGCUGUUGCUGCCUUUGAAAUUGAUGAGGGGAUUGUAUCUCCAUGAUAAAUUGCUUACGGACGA